CGUGGCUCGUACCUGUCAUGGACUCCUAAGAGCCGUUUGUGCGAGCGCAGGCACGCGCGAUCGAACGAUUUUCGUCGUGAAAAUCGGUCCUAUAAGAUUUUCCAAUUUGUUAAUUGAAAAGUUCGUAAAGUUAAAUUAAAAAAUGACGAAAUUAGAAAUAAACAGUGAUGAGGUUAUACAUGUAUAAGACUAAGCGACAGUUGUUCGAUUUUCCAAGUGCCGCGCACGGUCAGAUCGUCGAUUCAAAAUGAACAACUACUACCUCGGUAUGGGACAUGGGCUUUCUUCUGUCAGCCUGGAGACAAACAAAGAAGCCACGCGAACGAGUGUGAAGGAGGAGCAGGUGGCAAAGAUUGGAGAGAGGAUUCUUUAAGAAACGGAGCUGGGACUACUGAAGGAGCUUUUCCGUUUGAAAAUAUUUGAAGCAACUUACGACGAUAAGGUGGAGAAGAAGAGUUUGAAAUAAAAAAAGAACACAAGCAAUUGAGAAAAUUGAGAUAAUAAUUGAAAGUCUAAAGAUGAGACAAGUCGUUGUCCUAGAGCCAGCAGGCAGCGUUCUGGUGAUCAGGCAGACUUCUUUGAGUAGUGGUGGUGGUAAUGGUGGUGUCACAGGAGUUAACAACGCCAAUUUAUCAGCGAAUAAUAACGGACAUGAUGGUCAUACUCUUGCCAACCACGUAUCCGUAUCAUCGAAUGCCUCUAAUGAUCACAAUCAGAAUCGUAUUGUUGUUGUGCGUUCCUCGUCCACGUGCAUGACAACUACGGUUGAUGAGAACACGUCUAACAACGGAAACGGUAAUAUCAAUGUGAAUGCCAACAUCAAUGGCAACUCUACUGGUGGUAUCAAUUGCAAAACAUCGGCAACUGUCGGCCUUGGUGGUGUGUCCAAGUCGGUUGAAAGAAACGAUCACAAGAAUCAGGAAGGAAUCGUCGUUGGUGGUGGUGGUACAACUGCUUCUUCUUCUGCUUCUGCUGCUUCUGCUGCURCUGCUGUUGUUGGAGAAUCGAACUCUGGAUGUCGUAUAAGAACAAGCAAGGAUGCCGUUCACGAGAGCGUAACCAUAGAGAGGAAGUUCGAUGGCGCGGAUCCCAUCUCCGAUGGGGAUCCCAUAAAGCUUCCGGAGAAUUUAGAGACUUUGCCGCGGGCCGAGCAUUUUCCCACGCAAAGACACCGAUGGAAUACCAACGAGGAAAUUGCUGCCAUCCUUAUAAGCUUUCAAAGGCACACCGAGUGGCAAAGUCGGGAAGUUAAAGUUAGACCUCGAAGUGGCUCGAUGUUGCUUUACUCGAGAAAAAAGGUUCGCUAUCGGCGAGAUGGUUACUGUUGGAAAAAACGUAAGGAUGGUAAAACCACGCGGGAGGAUCACAUGAAACUUAAGGUUCAGGGCGUCGAAUGUAUCUAUGGCUGUUACGUGCAUUCGGCGAUCCUACCAACGUUUCAUAGGAGAUGCUAUUGGCUCCUUCAGAAUCCAGACGUUGUCCUCGUUCAUUACUUGAACGUUCCAUAUCCGGAUGGUGACGCGAAGUUAGCGGCAUUGCCAACGUGUCUUGCAUUACCACCAGACAAGAAGGAAUGGACGCGGGACGAAUUAGCAUCUCAAUUAAGGCCCAUGUUCCUCGGUGGAGACGAUGAUCCGAAUAAUCCUCAUUUAACACAACACUCCACACAUCCGGUUGACAUGAUCGUUUCGCAAUUGCUAGAUAGACAGAGGGCAUCGUCCACUUCUAGCAGUAACACACCAAUUGCACCCAGAAGAUUAACACCAGAUAAUCAGGUUUCAUCAACGACCGGCGGUCAGCAGCCCUCGACAACAGCUUCGCCGGCUCCACGUGUAUAUUCUAGACAUUCCCAUUCGACUCAGAGCCAGCAGCCGGCUCCUUUAGUUUUAAGUUUGCAACAAAUUCAAGGUGGAGGUGGUCUUCUGAUACUUAACAGUCAACCAUAUCAUCAUCAACAACAGCAGCAACAACAGCAGCAACAACAACAACAACAACAGCAACAGCAGCAACAACAACAGCAACAACAACAGCAGCAACAACAACAGCAGCAACAACAGCAGCAACAACAGCAACAACAACAACAGCAGCAGCAGCAACAACAACAACAACAGCAGCAACAGCAACAGCAGAGUCAGCAAGUAGAAAUGCAACAAGUGACGGAGCAACAAAUCGUACAGCAAACCAGUGUCGAUAGAGAACAACAAACACAGCAAGAGAUCGAUGCACAGGAUAGCAUGGAUCGAACGACGGUUCAAUCCUUGCCUAUCACCAGUUCAGCUUCCGAGGUUACAGAUUUUGCUAAGAUGUUAGACUUGAGUCAAGAAGAUAUUCAGAGAACGUUAUCCGCAAACAUGGUUCCGCCCUCCCCGUCACCCUCACCCGCAGACGAUAGCAUGAUAAAUCCGAUGGACUUUAUCGAUUCUUCCGACGAUGUUCUUAUCAACUUGGAUGCCUUCGAUGUGUUUGGGGAUCUACCUGAAUUACACGAUUUCGAGGCAGAAGAUACGAAGCCAGAUAUCAGAGGUGGACAUGAAAAUGAUGUUGGAUGUCAGCCUGGGACAACCGUCCAGAUUGCAGAAUAUAGUCCCGAGUGGAGUUAUACCGAGGGUGGAGUCAAAGUUUUGGUUGCGGGUCCAUGGACAGGUGGGAAUGGUUCGCAAAAUUAUUCGGUACUUUUCGACGCGGAACCAGUGAAGGCUUGCUUGGUUCAACCCGGUGUAUUGCGUUGCCAAUGUCCUGCCCAUGCUCCAGGUAUCGCGUCUCUUCAGGUAGCAUGCGAUGGAUUUGUCGUAUCGGACAGCGUUGCUUUCGAAUAUCGAAGAGCACCUACAACCGAGCCGAAUCCAGAAAGAGCAUUGUUGGAUCGAUUGGCGGAUGUGGAAUCUCGAUUGCAAGGACCAGGUCCGCCGUCCCCAGCGGCUCACCUGGAAGAACGAUUGGUGGCUUAUUGCCAGGAUGCUGUCGUUCGUCCGUGGAGAGUCGGUGCCGAAGCUCUUCAAUCAGGUGGACCGACCCUGUUACAUUUGGCAGCAGGAUUGGGAUAUUCUAGAUUAGCUUGCGCGUUGCUACAUUGGAGGGCCGAAAAUCCGAGUAACGUAUUGGACGCUGAAGUGGAUGCUCUUAGACAAGACAGUGCUGGAUUGACACCGCUCGCCUGGGCUUGUGCCGCUGGUCACGCUGAUACAGCUAGAAUCCUUUAUAGAUGGAAUGCGAUGGCGUUGCGCGUGAGGGAUCGUCAAAAUAGAAGCGCAACGGAGCUAGCCGCGGAGAACGGACACACGGCAAUCGCCGAAGAACUGAAUCGGCUCGAAGCCAGAAGGCAAGACGAGAGGCUUUUCUUGCGACCAGCCAGCCCUAGCCCUAGGAGGCCUUCUCAAGACAGCGGUCUCGAUCUGGCGUUGUGUGGUUCCCCGCUCCUGGACAACAUGGAAUUGUUGCAAGAGGAUGAGUCGUCGUUAGGCCUCGGCGAUCAGGGAAUGGAGAGCGCUCCGACCCCUCAAGAGACCGUAGGGGAAGAAGACGCGAGGGUGCUGACGUUGGCCGAACAAAUAAUAGCCGCGCUACCGGAAAGGAUCAAGAGAGCGGAAGGUGAUUCUCCGUCUUCUUCCUCGUCCCCUCCGCCACCGCCACCACCGUUGUCGCCGUUAGAAGAUGCUUUGAUGGAGCAAAUGCCUCUCGAUUCCGGCGAAUUGUUCGACUCGUACCGUGAAUGCAGCGGAGGCGCGGCCUCCGUCUCGGAUGCCGACGCCGAAGCGAGUCCAUCGAGUCCUUCCAGCAGUUGCCUGACACCGGACUCGCCUUCGCCACCACCGACAACGGCAGACUUUUGCGAAUUUUUGCAAUUGCAGCUGCAACUAGACGGUGGUAACAAUCAGAACGGUGCCGGUCAAUAUUAUCCGAGCUGUAACGAGCGAAAAUUUGCCACUGGAAAUGAUGGAAAUGGUGGUGGGAAUACCGAUGGGAACGAAGCUGACUUGAGUAGGUUGACCUUGUCCGAUCGAGAACAGAGGGAACUAUAUCAUGCCGCAAGAAUGAUCCAAAAGGCCUAUCGGAGUUACAAGGGUCGUCAGAGGCAAGAAGAAGCCGAAAGACACGCAGCAGUUCUCAUACAACAGUAUUAUCGUCGGCACAAGGAGUGCGCUUAUUACAGGCAAGCUACAAAGGCAGCCCUGGUAAUUCAAAGCAAUUAUCGGAACUAUCGGUCUCGUCCAGGAUCAACUUGUUCGAGGCAACAGGCGGUACAUCAGCAAGCGGCUCAUCAAGCCGCCCGAAAGAUCCAACAAUUUAUGCGCCAGUCUAAAAUCAAACUGCAGAACGCCAGGGCCGCCGCAAACGGGAACGCGAGGCAGCCAGUGGGCAUUUCACGGGUGGUUGCUGUCCCCCAAAGCUCGCACUCAUCUAGCCCAGGGGCCAGCCUACUAGCCGGCAAGCCAGAGGUCAUUUAAACGAUCGUCAAUCCAACGGCACGAGGAACGCCAAUGGCGACACGAUUGGAAAGUAAAUUCUCCAAGAGGAAAAUCCUUUCAAUUUCAAGGAAUUCAUUCAUUCAUUCAUUCAUUUAUUUAUUCAUCGAUAAUACAUUUGAUGCUUAAUCCUUUCGUUACGACAUUUUGCAAAUAUCAAAUGAUCCAGCCCAUAUCUUUGGCAAACUUUCAAUUGCAAUUAUUAAAUCAAAGAAUCAUCGAAUUACAAACAAACAAACAAAGUUAACUUGUAACGAAAGGAUUAAAUAUUUUUUUUCUUUUUUUUUUUUCUUUAUGGACUACAAGAGAACCAAAAAAGAGCUUUUUAUCUUAUACAGUAUGAAUGAAAUUUCUAUUUUAAAUAUUUCUUUUCUACUUUGACGUCCAACAUUUUUACAUUUGUUUGCGAUACCAACGUUAGUACCACCUUAACAGCAUACUUUUCAUGAUAUUUUUAGGUAUAAAAUUGUCUUCCUUGAUGUGUUACAUCUGUUGAUACUAAAAUUUCAUUUAUUUUUCUUCUCACAUUAUUCAUUUUUCAAUAUGUUUCUUUAUUUAUUUAAUUACUAUUAAUCAUGUGUGAAUUUUGUCGACGAAAAGAACGAGAACCCUGCCUUAAGUAUGUUACUCUCAUUUUCAUUAAGUUUCAGAAACGAAAAACCAAAAUUGAAAAAGGUGGAAACGAUCGGUGUUGAUUUCAACACAAUUUCAACGUACGAGAAAGAGAAAGAGAGAGAGAGAAAUAAUUGACGUCCUUGGAAUAAUAAGGCAGGGAGGGCUGUUCAAAUAAUUUGCUGAAGAGAAAGAAAGACAGAGAUAGAAAAAAAAAAUAUAUAUUUUGAGAAAAGAAAAAUCAGUGAAUCUUUUACGAUUCUACUCGGAAUUAUAUAUAUAUUUCAUUUUUAUAUUUUACGUAUAAUAAUUAUGAUAAAUAAACAAA